UAUUAGCUUGUUAGCUGUUUUUUUCUCAGUUUAGCGUGAUGCAAAACUUCAGAGUAAAAGGAAUUGUUUUGGGAAAACAGAUGUGAUGUUUAAAAAACCCAUUCGCUGUAGCUGCACAAGUCAUUUUUCUUACUGCCAGUCGACAUUCUCGUCGGUUUUCUACGAAGUGUGUCCCGCAGCAGGUAUCUGACCUCUCUUUGAUGAUGAUGAUGAUGAUGUAAGAUAUUCCUCUGAGGUUCUGGCCAGCACUUUCAGUUCUGAUCCAAAAUAUGUCAUCCAGGAGAAAAUCAGACAGCUUGUGUCACGUCUGGUCAAUAACAUCUAAACGUUGAGAGGAUUGGCUGAGUCCAGUACGCUUGGGUGGCACAGCAAAUCUAAUCAAAGUGUAAAAUGUAAAAGUCAAAGCUGGAGACAUGCUGGUGCCGCUCGAGCACGUUUCUCCGUCUACGCUGAUGACAUCAUCAAGAUGUAUCGUAGAGAAAGGUAAAAGGACGGAGCUGAGCUGCCCAGUCACACAAAACCACAAAGGAUCACGCACCUUCAAAGGUUUACAUGUCAUUUUGUUGUGUCUACUGCUUUACUUUGAAAAUACAAGUUAAAAUACCACUCUCUUCCUGUUUGGAAGGGAGCGUUCUGAGCUCAGACGCUGGCACCGUAGUCAGAUAACUCACAUGUGUGAAAACGAGCUGAGUUCUUGGUCUGUAGGGGAACUAGCGACAGAACCAUGAUGUCACUCCUUUGAAGCUAGACUCGUGUCGAUGACUCAAACCCAAACUGAAUUUACUACUGAAGCUCUUCAGUGACGAUCAAAGCCAAAUGAAAACGUACGGGUUCUUUUUCAGCUCUGACUCCCCACCGCCUGGGCCAUCCCUUCACCGAUACGAUGACCUCCAACGGUACCGAACCCUGGUUCCCCACCAACACCACAUGUUCCACGCUACCUGUAAUGGCCAGUCCAGCUAACAGGAGCAGCAUGGAGGCAUACCUUCAGAGACUGGCACAUUUAGAUGAAGGACUCUUUAAUGACUUCUAUGGCCUCUGGAUUGCACUAAUGGUCAUAAACUCCAUCAUCUUCCUGGUGGGCAUGGUGCUCAACGUAGUUGCACUCUACGUGUUUUGUUUCCGCACCAAGCAGAAGACCCCCUCGGUGAUCUACACCAUCAACCUGGCAGUGUCGGACCUCUUGGUGAACCUUUCUCUGCCCACUCGCAUCUUGCUCUACUACAUCGGGGGGGCUUGUCUCAUCUGCUCCCACAUGCACAUCUUCAGCUACUUUGUCAACAUGUACUGUAGCAUCUUGUUUCUAACCUGCGUGUGUGUCGAUCGAUACCUCGCCAUCGUGCAGGUUGAAGCGUCGCCGCGUUGGAGGAACUCGGGCGUGGCCAAGUGUGCUUGCGCUUGCGUCUGGCUGUUUGCCGUCGUUGUCACCUACUCCAUUCUCUCCACGGCUUUUCAGCAUACAGGCUGCUGCAUUUCAAAACUCCUCUUCCUCACCAUCACAGAGUUCUUCCUGCCCCUCGUAAUCAUCGUGGUCUUCACGCUGCGCAUCAUGUGGGCUCUGACCGACCGGCGCCUCAUGCAGCAGAGCAGGGAGAGGAGGAGGAGGGCUGUCCAACUUCUAACCACAGUGCUGGUCAUCUUUACUGUCUGCUUCACACCUUUUCAUAUCAGACAGGUGUUGGUGUACUUCUACCCCGACAUGCCUCAUCAUGUGAUCGUUUACCAUCUCACUGUCACUUUGAGCAGUUUGAACAGCUGCAUGGAUCCUGUUGUCUACUGCUUUGUUACAAAUAAUUUCAAAGCCACUAUGAGACAUCUUUUCCGCCGUGCAGAGCCGGAGCAGACCAGUGGUGACAUUGUCAGUAUGCAGCACAGCUCCAAGGCCUCAGGCGGGACGACGGCCAACGCCGUUACAAACAUUAAGAUUACAAUGACCAGGAUUCCCAGUGCACGGCUGACGGGCAACGUGGGGAGGAAUCACACUCUGUAAAUCUGCUCCUGCAAAGGGAGCCUGGCCUGGAAAGUUCCACAGACAACAGAACCAUCAGCUCAGGGUGGCCCAGUUACACUAAUACACUUUAAUAUGAGUUCCAACCCUUUAACAGCAAGCUGAGAGGAAAACGUCACGUCAACAGCGAAGCUCCAUCUUUACGUUAAGACAUGCUCAUCACUUGUUGAUCAGAGGCACCUGAAAUGCUAGCGUUAGCAUCAAAACGGAGCUUCUGGUCCUCAGUCUUUAGUUCACUAAUCGUCUUUUUUUGUCCAGCCCCAGGUUUGUGUAUAAAGACUUUAAGUGUACUGCUUUAAAAAUCUUUCAGAUAAGUAGCAAUAUAAAGGUUUGGACAAAAUGAGCAGAGGAUCUUAAAAAUACCAGAAUAUAGAGCAGCAGACGCAGUGAAGACAGAAUAAUAACAAAUAAUCUAGAUUACUUUGUCUUAUUAACUAAACCAUUACACAUAAAAUCACCAGAAAUGUUUUGCAGCCAUUAACCAGUCAUAUUCCUAGUUCUGUUGUCAAAAACUGUUUAACCUAAAAUGAGCCAUAAACGCUCAAAUUUGAUAGUUAAACAAUCAUCACUGGUGUCCCUCAUGGCUGUGUCCUCUGUCCACCGCUCUUGUCCCUUUAACUGUGCCUUCACUGACCCAGCACAGGAACUUCUGACGUUUGCAGAACUUUUGUUUUGGGUCACAUCUGAGUGUGGUAUUCACCUUUCUUGAAGAAAUACUCUCCUCGAUGUCUAAUGGCUUUAAUGACAAAGAUGAAGGAGCCCUGCGGCGACAUGAAUGAACAGAAGUUAGCGACAGCAUGAAGUAGCAGCAUGGGCUAAGCGCUAAAGCUAAGCAAUGCGAGAAAAUACAUAAACAAAUGCAGCGCGGCUUAGCAUGCUUACAUAGCUGACAGGCUGGAGGAGGGGAGGGCGUUGCAAGCCAUUUCUCAGUUCUCCAUCAGUGCUAUAAUAUUGUUCACAGACUUACACAGAACAUCAUGGGUCCCCAACACGUCCCUCCGUACUGUAUGUCAGAGUCAUUAACCCCAUUAAUCAGUACAUCACGAAUAAUGUGAUCAGAAUAGUCAACUGACUGCCCGCAUCCGCACACAGCGCCGUAGGCACUGGUUUCUGCCUUACCACGCACUGGGAUCCUGUUUCCCCCAGCGAGAGCAGCCAUCUACGGCGCUCAUCUACUGAACAGUCACAGGUGGGAGGGAGAUCUUAGGAGAAGCAAAGAGUACACUGACUCCUACAGGUUGAUGACUUUGCCUGGCUGAAGUCCACCAAUCCGAAGGCAGGGGGGUAGGUUGGGUUUUCACAGCAUCUGUCUGCAUUCCUUCGUGGGGGUU